GCGAUGGAUUAUGAAAUUCCAACUGAUCGCGCCUUGUCUGCAGUCAGCGAAACCCUUGAUGCUAUUAAAAAACGGCCGCAUCAGCAGCAAAUAGUGAUGGGAGUCGGGUCUGGCCUCGUGGCGGGCUAUAUUUUUGCGAAAAUCGGACGGGUGGCUGCCUUGAUUUUGGGCGGUGGAUUAAUCGCACUUCAGAAAGAAAUAAAGUACGAAGUAUCCGUACUGAAACGUGAGAAGGCACCGGGACCGGAUGUUCUGUAUCCAGCCCUCUUUAACAAAGGCGGAAAAUCCCUGUUGACCUAUCUAACGAAACACAUUGAUGCGAUAUGGAGAGAAGAGAAAGCUUCAGCAGAAUGGGGCAUGCCAACAGUUACUCUUUUCAUCAAAAAGAGUACGCAGCCGCUGCAUGAAAAACACCGUGGCAUCAGUCCAAUAACUGUGAAAUCGAAGAUGCUCCGCCCUCAUCCUUCGAAAGUUGAG